UCCCUUUUUUUUCACUCGACAUAUAAAGAUAAAAAAAUCAAAGUUCAUUGUAGAGUUAAACACAAAUUUGAGUGAUUGAUUAUCUUGUUAUAAUGUCAAGGCUGCAGCUCUUUCGUGCAGAACGAACAUGUUUGGUGGUCCAAAAUGUCGGACCCGAAAGAGGCGGAACACCAGAAUACAUCAGAAUCAUCUGAUCAAGGCGAAUUUUUGGAGGAAAAUGCACCUGGAGAGAGUGAAAACCCCAUGCUGAUUGCCAGUGAUUCUUAUGAAAAUCUUAAUUAUGAAAUUCUUGACGGUACUUCUACGGUUCAACGUCAAACACCGAACAACGUUGAAUCCAAUGAAACUUCGACUGGAGAGGAAUCCAAUAAUGAAGAACAAACAGAGACAGCAAAUGAUGUUGCCAAAAAGAAAAAAGAAAUGGUACCAGCUGAAGAGGAUCAUGAUGAUGUAAAUAGUGAACAUUGGCGAUCGCAGUCAAAACACAUAUUUAUUCUGAGUGAAGCUGGGAAACCAAUAUAUUCCAGACAUGGGAGUGAAGAUAAAUUAGUAACUAUUAUGGGUGUUAUGCAAGCAUUAGUUUCUUUUGUUGGAGACUCUAAGGACAGUUUACGGUGCAUGAUUGCAGGAGAUCAUAAGUUUGUAUUUUUGGUGCGCGAUCAUCUUUUAUUAGUGGGUGUAUCAAGUGGUAUGGAUUCUACUCAUCAAAUCUUGUUGCAACUUACAUAUGUAUAUAAUCAAGUUAUUAGUGUUUUAACUCAAAGUACAUUAUGUAAAAUAUUCAAACAAAGACGUAAUUAUGAUUUACGGCGAAUGUUGAGUGGUGCUGAGAAGUUUUUCGAUAAUUUAAUUAAUUUAAUGGAUAGUGAACCUGGGUUGCUGUUAGGCGCUGUUCGAUGUUUGCCUUUAGAUGGUUCAGUCAGAGAAAUCAUUGCUCAAAGUAUAGUUCAACAUGCAAAAAUUAAAGAUUUAGUAUUUGGGUUAAUUAUCACCAAUAAUCAAUUAAUUGCUCUUGUUAGAAUAAAGAAAUAUUAUCUUCAUCCGAUGGAUCUUCACCUUAUAAUGAACCUUGUCAAUGCUUCCGAGUCUUUCAAAACUGCUGAAUCAUGGACGCCACUAUGUCUACCGAAAUUUGAUUCAAGUGGGUUUUUACAAGCACAUAUAUCAUACCUAGAUGAUUCCUGUAAUACAUGUCUCUUAUUAUUAACUGUUGAUAGAGAAUCAUUCUUUACUCUCUCCGAUUGUAAAUCCAAAAUAAAAGAGAGGUUAUUAAAGUAUAAUGCUUUAAGAGCAAUAUCUGACUCCCUACAAAAGACAGCUUAUGGCAUACAACAAUGUGGUAUCAAUGACUUGCGCCAUUUUCUCUACAAGUCAAAGAGUACAGCCCAAUACACGAGUCCAGAACUCGAAGCACCUUAUGUAACUCAAAAAGAAAAAGAUCGCUUAUUUGGUUUAUAUAAAUAUCUACAUCACCGUAUUCAUACUUCUGGACGCCCACUGAAAAUUUUAUUUCAUGUAGGACCUUAUGAAACACUCCUUGGCUGGGUAACCCAAGGUUUCGAACUUUAUGCAGUUUUUGGUCCUUUGGUUACCAAGACGUCUGCUAUACAUGCUGUGAAUAAAUUACUACGAUGGAUUAAGAGAGAGGAAGAUAGAUUAUUUAUAUUAAAUUCUGUAACAUUCUGAUUGUAAUUGACAUACAUUAAAACUGAUAGUCAACACCGAGUGAUUGCCCAAAAUAUGAAUAGCUUCUCAUCUAAAUGAAAUUGAGUUUUGUCUUCGUUGUUAAUAUCAUUUACAUAUACAUGUAGCUCUUUCCUAGCCUAAUUUGUUAGAAAUUAUACAUUUCAGAUUAUUUAAAGGCGCUAUAUCAUGCAUCUCUCUAAUCAAUAUAUACUGUAAAGUAUGUGGAAUGAUUUUCAUUAGCGUUACUGUUUGAAUUGUCAAAAUAAAUGUUUCAACGGACAUGCGUUACAGGCCUAUUUAAUAUACAUUGACAGAUACUGUACAUGUACCUCACACUAAAAUUUACAAUUAAGAAGCUGUCAAAUUUUGUACUUGGUACAACAAUAUGGAUCAUAUUGCAAAUGGGAGCUCAGAGCUGUUUGAAAAAAAUUGGAGCAAGACAUUAAUUCAACCUGAUAUAAAUCAUUGUUUGAGUCUGUAUGUAAUAGAAUCCAACAAGAAAUUAAUACGACAAGAUAAAAUACAAGUUACAGGUAUAUGUUGCUUUAUGUUUUAAACAACAUCGUCAAAAUAUACAUGAAGACUGUAACAUUAAAGAAAGUAAAUUGUAUAAAGUUCCUAGUCUAUCAAAUAAAUAGGGAGGGAGGAAGCGAAAUGGGGUUUAACAUCUACUCGACACAAACUAGGUCAUUUCGGGACUAACAUAUGGUUUAAUUUUAUUUUAAUAAUUUGCAUGCACGUAGGGGUCUUUAGCAGUGGGAGCAAACCGGAGAAAACCCACUAGGUUGGACAGGCGAACCUACACGUAAAAUGGGGGAUUCGAAACCACGCCAGUUGACUCAAUGACAGGCCUUAUGAUACAGCGCGCACAUGCUAACCAUUCGGCCAUCCAACCCCUCCAAAUGAAUAGGAUAAUGCACAUAUUUGUAUAGCAGUAAUAAUACUCUUCUUUCUUAAUUGACAAUGAUUCUCAGGCAUUUAUUUUCCUUUUAAUUCCAUUAUUUAAUAUUUUGGAGUAUUUUGUGUAGUUAAGUGCCUAAACAUACGAAGUACUGAGAUUUGCUUUCAUAUUGAUUUUGUGAUAUAAUUAGUGUUAGACAAACUAAUAUGUAUUUGUUUGCAUUCAUGGACAUAUGAAAACUAAAAUCUUGACCUUUUCCCAGAUGUUUUUGAUAGCUUUAUGGAAUUAUAUCUUUUACUGAUGUCAAGUUAUUUUGCUUCGUCCAUGAUAUUUUAGAUUUGUAUAUAUAAUAUAUUCUGUGAUAGAAUUGAAAAUAUCGAUAGUUAUAUGUAUUAAUAUAAUUAGUAGUAGUAUUUAAAGAUACAUUAUGGGAGAUUCGAUAACGAGUUGGCAGUUCUCACUAUAAUAGAUAAUGUAAAGGCAAUUUGCUGAAAAUUUCAUUCAAAUUGAUCCACGAUGAACCGAGAACUAAGCCAUUGAAAUUUCCGCCUAGCCUUGAUCAUCAUUAUUAAAGUCAGUAGAAUAAACAGCAUAGUCUCAAUUAUCCAUUUAAUCGUUAAAUCGUGAAGGAAAGUUAUGCAGUAAAUUGGCUCAUAAUCCACUAAAGAUCGCAGGCUAGCGAUGCCAUCUAGAGUUGAUUAUGGUCUGGAUAGAUUAAUUAAUGUCUAAUUAAUAAUUUAGACAAUGUUCUGCCAUUAUCUUGUAAAAUAGUUUUUGUUAAAAUUAAUUUGGAGACCUUUCCGUCAGAUUGAAGACAAUGUUUUGAGUGUGAUUUGUCAACCCAGUGUGGAUCCAACAAAUAUAUUAAUGUAUUUUUUCAUAAUUAGUGAUAUUUUAACCUUUAUUUGAUCUCCUCUUUGUUAAGUAAUUUUAGGUAUUGGUAUUGUUUAUUUGGAUACUGGUAACUAUCUAUAUUAAUAGUUUCAUUUACUGUAUAAACAGUUCUCUUUAUCUUAUUACAUCAGUUCAUAGCUUGGUACAGAUUUUGUUACAGAAUUCUGUCUAAAGGUCUAUAUUUAAUGGUUCUUCAUUAUUUUAUUCAUAGUAUGUUAACUAUUUAUUAUUAUUAUUCAUCUGUUGUUGAUCUUUGCUUAAAAUAUGUAUAUAUUAUGAAUAUUGAAAUUUAAAUUAUGGAACUAAAAUCGAAUG